AUGAACAUGUACCCCCCAGCGCCGUACAAGGUGCGGAAGAAGCGCCGGUCGGGGCCGCUCCCCCUGCCGCGGUCCCCCUUCACGGGCCGGGCCCGGCUCGGCAGGAAGGACGUGGCGCUGACGCUGCUGGGCGUGCUCCUCGUGUACCUGGUCUACACGUCGUGGGCGCCGCGGCGGGAGCUCGAGUCGGCCCGCCUGGAGCGGCACAUGAACGACGAGGCCUCGGCCCGCCGCGUCUGGGACGUCACCAGCAGCUUCGACUGGGCCGCCAUCCGCUUCCGGUACCCGCCGCGCGGCGACCCGGUGCCGCUGCCCACGGGAGACGGGGGGAAGAAGAAGAAGGGCAAGAAGGGCAAGGGCGGCGGCGCCCCCCUCCCGCGCAUCCAGCACCGCUUCCCGGCCGAGACGGCCGCGGCGGCGGCGGUGCGCGAGUCCCGGCGGGCCGAGGUGCGCGCGCUGUUCCAGAAGAACUGGCGCAGCUACCGGCGCUUCGCGUGGAUGCAGGACGCGCUGCUGCCCGUGUCGGGCGGCGGGCGCGACCAGUUCUCCGGGUGGGCGGCGACGCUGGUGGACGCGCUGGACACGCUGUGGAUCAUGGGCCUGCGGGACGAGUUCGACGAGGCCGUCGACGCCGUGGCGCGCAUCGACUUUGGCCAGUCCACGUCGCCCCGCGUCAACAUGUUCGAGACCAACAUCCGCUACCUGGGUGGUUUGAUGGCCGCGUACGACCUCAGCGGCCGCAGCGUGCUGCUCGCCAAGGCGGUCGAGCUGGGCGACAUGCUGUUCGCCGGGUUUAACACUGAGAGCAGGAUGCCGGUCGACUUCUUCGACAUGGACCAGAGCAAGUCCGGCGAGGGCCUGCAGGUCGAGGGCGGCGUGGUGGCCGCGUCGCCGGGGACGCUGCUCCUCGAGUUCACGCGGCUGACGCAGCUCACCGGGGACCCGAAGUACUACAGCGCCAUCGCACCAAUCGCAGACCUCUUCUACGAAGGCCAGAACAAGACCAACCUCCCGGGGAUAUGGCCACAAUGGAUCUCGAUGAGCACGCCAGACGUAGUGACAGGUACAGCCUUCUCGCUCGGCAGCGGCGCCGACUCGCUCUUCGAGUACGUGGUCAAGAUGCACGCGAUGCUGAACGGCCACGAGCCCAAGUACGCCGCAAUGUCGACGGGGUGGAUGGACGCCGCCAACGAGCACAUGCUGUUCCGCCCCAUGCUCCCGGGCGGCAACGACGUGCUCCUGGCGGGCAACGUCAACGCGCCGCAGCGGGGGCAGGCCGUCCUCGACCCGGAGAGCGAGCACCUCGCCUGCUUCCUGGGCGGGACGUACGCGCUGGGCGGGCGGGUCCUGGCGCGGGAGGACUACGUCGACGUCGGCGCCAAGCUCGCCCACGGGUGUGCCUACGCCUACCGCGCCAUGCCGACGGGCAUGAUGCCCGAGCGCUUCAACACGGUGGCGUGCGAGUCGCGCGAGCAGUGCCCCUGGUCGCAGCAGCGGUGGGACGAGGGCCGGCGCCUGCGCGCCGAGUGGAAGGAGCACCUGCCGCUGGGGUUCACGACGGCCAAGGACCCGCGGUAUAUCCUGCGGCCCGAGGCCAUCGAGAGCCUGUUCGUGCUGUGGCGCGUGACGGGGCGCGCUGAGUUCCAGGAGGCCGCGUGGGAGAUGUUCCGCGCCGUCGGUAACGGCACCGAGACUGAGUAUGCCAACGCGGCGGUCAUGGACGUCACGCGUGCUGAGUACCCGCUCGAGAAGGAGGAUUACAUGGAGAGUUUCUGGCUCGCCGAGACGCUCAAAUAUUUUUACCUGGCGCUGUCGCCGCCGGAUCUGAUUAGCCUGGACGACUUUGUCCUCAACACGGAGGCGCACCCCUUCAGGAGGCCGAUGUGA